UUUUUCGCAUUGUUUAAUGAAACACAAGUAGACACUUUAGGUGCGCCGGAUGCUUCUUGUGUAUCUUAAUGUAUAAUGUGUUUGUUUACACCUACAAUUAACUUCAAAGAUAUUAACAUGUGCUCUUUUCAUGUUAAUUUAAUGUAAUUACGAUUACAGAAAGUUCCGUUGAUGUAUACCAACAAAGUCUCUUACUGCUUCUCUUCCUAAUUACAUUUACGCCCUCUAUCGGAAUUAAUUCAGUUCAUUCAUUUUUAAAAUAGGUCGACAUUUAAUGUGAUUACUAAUUGAUAAUAAAUAUUUGUAAGCUAUGUCAACAAAACCAAGUAGCAAGGAUGCACCCCCACCUGUUCCUAAAAGAGGACAUGUUAAAGUUGUCCGUGCCGUCUAUAAUUACAGUGCACAAAGAGAUGAUGAAUUAACUUUUGAAGAAGGAGACAUAAUUUAUAUUACUGAUCAAAAAGAUUCCAAUUGGUGGAAAGGAAAGUGUGGGUCAAAAGUUGGCUUAAUACCAAGCAAUUAUGUUGAAGAAAAUACACAGGCUCUUGAUUUUCCAUUACAUGAAGCUGCUCGACGAGGAAAUUUGAGCUUUCUCACAGAAUGCAUAGCAAAUGGUGUUUCUGUAAAUUCCUUGGAUAAAGCUGGAUGUACUCCACUUCAUUGGGCUGCUCAUGGUGGACAUACUCAUUGCAUGGAGACACUUUUUAAUGUCAGCAACAUAGAAAUUAACGUUCAGAAUAAACUUGGUGAUACACCACUUCACUCAGCUGCAUGGAAAAGACAUAUUACAGCUGUGGAAAUGUUAUUGGACAAAGGUGCCUUAAUUAAUUUAAGGAACAAUGAAAAUCAACUUGCAUUUGAUUUGGCAAAAGAACCGAAAAUCGCUGCCCUUCUACAGUGUUCUGAUAUUUCAGAAAAUGGUGAUGACUAUUUGGAUGAUACAGAUGGAUCAGAAUCUGAUUAAUCUCAAUUGAUACCUACACAUGAAAAUGCUGUUUUUUGAUAGUUUUUAUAUAAAAAUUUAGGUAAAAAAAAUUUGAGGGAUGAAACCUCAAAAUUUGUAAUUAUAUACAUACAUUAUUCUUGAAGAUAAAACAAUACAAAUAAAUGCCAAUAUGGAAAAUAGACCAACCAAGUAAAUAGUAAGCAGAAUUUCCUAAUUCGAUUUCAGAUCACUUCUUACUCAGAUGCAUGCAUUUCUAAAGAAAUAAGAAAAAAAAAAAAUAUGGACCUGAAAACUAAACUUAAUUUAGAUUUUUCAAUUAAUAACUUAAGCCUUCAUUAUUUUUCUAACCUUUUUCUAAACGACCUACUUUUUACAUAUAUAUAUAUUUUGUACUCAGAGCUACAGAAUUUCAAUUUUUUUAACCACUAUGCUACCUACAUUAAACAUUCCAAUGCACAUCUA